CCGGAAGUGAUGUGUUGGAAUAUGUGACAUCACCAUUCUUCAUAACAUUGACCGAUAUUGAUUAGACAGUGAUAGAGGUGGUGAAAUUUUCGAAAAAAUGACAGAAAGUAUAAGAAAAAUGUACGAUUAUUUGGUCAUUGGUGGUGGAUCUGGUGGCUUGGCAAGCGCGCGAAAAGCAGCAUCGUACGGCAUCAAAGCAGCUGUCAUUGAACAUGGUAGACUAGGCGGUACUUGUGUCAAUGUUGGCUGUGUGCCUAAAAAGGUCAUGUGGAUUGCUGCAUCUAUAGCAGAAAAAAUGACAUAUGGAUAUGUGAAAGAUUAUGGUUUUAAUGUCACUCCAGAUGACGCGAAAAUUAAUUGGGGGAUGAUUAAAAAAAAACGAGACGAAUAUGUCAAAAAACUCAAUGGAAUUUAUGCAAAACUCUUGGAUAAAGCUGACGUUGAUCUUAUACAUGGCGAUGCUUCCUUUACAGCCGAUGGGAAUGUAAUUGUUGAUAAUAAAGAUGUCUUUAAAGCCAAAAAUUAUCUUAUUGCUACUGGGGGGUAUCCUACCAUCCCAAAGUUUCCUGGUCAUGAACAUUGUAUUUCUAGUGAUGGAUUUUUUGAAUUAGAAGAACUUCCAAGAAAAACUGUGGUUGUUGGUGCAGGUUAUAUUGCUGUUGAGCUUGCUGGUGUACUUAAAGAGCUUGGUUCUAAUGUCACUUUAUUGAUACGAAAGAAUAAGGUUUUACGUAAUUUUGAUUCUACCAUCAGCAGCCUGGCAACAGAAAAUUUAAUUCAGGCUGGUGUAAACCUCAUGACAAACACCUCAAUUUCAUCUGUUACCAAAAACAAGUCAAAUGGAUUACUUUCAGUAAAUUUUGAUGUAAAUGGUGAUAAAAGAGAAAGUAUCAAUGAUGUUGAUAAAGUGUUAUUGGCAAUAGGACGAUCACCUAGCACUGAAAGUUUAAAUCUACCAGCUGUAGGAGUAAAAACUGAUGAACACGGCCACAUUCAAGUGGAUGAGUUCCAAAAUACGUCCAGAGAAAAUAUUUAUGCACUUGGUGAUGUGUGCGGAAAAGCUUUACUUACUCCUGUUGCAAUUGCUGCUGGUCGUCGAUUAUCAAAUCGCUUGUUCAAUGGUGAAGUAAACUCAAAGUUGGAUUAUGAAAACAUUCCAACAGUUGUAUUCUCUCAUCCUCCAAUUGGAACAGUUGGUAUGACACAAGAAGAAGCAAUCAGUAAACUUGGUGCUGAUAAAAUCAAAGUGUACAUGAACUCUUUUGUUGGAUUAUAUCACGCUAUGACUGCACACAAAACUAAGACAACCGUCAAGUUGAUAUGUUAUGGCGAGGAAGAAAAGGUGGUUGGUUUGCACAUACUUGGCAGUGGUGCUGAAGAAAUGCUUCAAGGUUUCUCUGUUGCUAUAAAAAUGGGAGCGACUAAGAAUGAUUUUGACAACACUGUUGCUAUACAUCCAACCUCAGCCGAAGAAGUUGUCACUCUUACCAAAGAGCAUGUUGUUAAACUAGAAUAAUCAUAAAAUCUGCCAUUUAGGACCUGUUCAUAUGAGACGGGCCAGCCCGCUUAAGCCGGGCUAGGUAGCUUUGCCGAUAUCUUGCCUCAUAUAUUAUUUUACAAUGUUUUUGAAAUUGCUUUCAUAUGAAUAUCGGGCCAGCCCGGCUUGGCGAGAUUGCUUGAAUUAAGCGGGAUUUCGCCAUAUGAAUGCGAAUACAAAUUGGCCCGGCAAACUAGCUAGCCUGGCUUAGGCGGGCUAGCCGGCUCAUAUGAACUGGCCCUAAUAUAACAUUCUACAGACAAAAUUCAUCUAUACACACCAUUUUGGCAUUGUUGAGCAACAGGAAAAUGUUUUACCAUUACAUUUUCGUCGAUAAAAUUAGCUCGUUUCAAGUAAAUAAAAUAUUUAAAUCCUGGUA